AUGUCAGCCAGAACAGCUGCUCAGGCUCCUAUCCAGGAUGCCCAAGUGCCCACCACAAGCACAGCAGGAGAUGCGCCAAAGGAGAACAUCUUCAUGUUCGUGCCAAACUUGAUCGGAUACGCUCGCGUCGUCCUCGCAAUCGUAUCACUGAAUUACAUGCCCCUCCACCCACGUACAUGCGCUCUGCUGUACAGCAUAUCCUGCCUCCUCGACGCUCUCGAUGGCUAUGCCGCCCGUAGCUUCAACCAAUCCACCAAGUUUGGAGCCGUCUUGGACAUGGUGACGGAUCGCUGCACCACCACCUGCCUGCUCGUCUUCCUCUCGACAGCCAUGCCUCGCUGGAGCAUGGUCUUCCAACUCCUCAUCUCUCUCGACUUCACAUCCCACUACAUGCACAUGUACGCCACCCUCGCCAUGGGCGGAAGCGGAAGCAGCCACAAGAACAUCGACGCCAAAAGAAGCAAGAUCAUGCACUUGUACUACACCAACCGCAAUGUGCUGUUUGUGUGUUGCGCAUUGAACGAGUUGUUCUUCAUCGCCUUGUAUCUGUUGGCCUUCUCGAGCCCCUACUUGAGCCCGAGUCUGCUGCAACCGGCUGGAGAGGGUGCCUCUUUGCAGCCUGGUUCGCCUGCUACACCUCCCAAGCCCUCGACUAUCUUUUCCAGCCCUUGGUCCGCUGGUGCCAUGGAGAUGGCCAGAGCAAACAAGAUGGAUAGCACCCUUCCUUGGAUCCUCGUAGUCGUCUCCGCCCCCGUCAUGCUCUUCAAACAAUGGGUUAACAUCAUCCAAAUCGUCAAGGCCAGUCAAUGGCUCGCUCAGGGCGAUCUCGCCGAUCGUGCAAAAGCCGGUCUCCCCAAGAAGACGCAAUAG